AUGGCAGACAAGGAGAUGGGCAUCGAGACCAAGAAGAAGAAGAGUGUCUGUGGUUAUCCACUCAGUAUUUUCUUCAUUGUGGUGAACGAGUUCUGUGAAAGAUUCUCCUACUAUGGCAUGCGAGCUGUGCUGGUGUUGUACUUCACCUACUUCUUGCGCUGGGAUGAGAACACAGCCAUCUCCAUCUACCACACCUUUGUGGCUCUGUGCUACCUGACGCCCAUCCUCGGGGCCAUCGUCGCUGACUCCUGGCUGGGCAAGUUCAAGACAAUUGUCUAUCUGUCCAUUGUGUACACCCUCGGCCAGGGUGUCUUGGCCGUCAGUGCCAUUCACGACAUCACCGACAAUGACAGGGACGGCACACCGGACAACCUCACCUUCCACGUGGCCCUGUCCAUGGUGGGACUGGCGCUCAUCGCUCUGGGCACGGGAGGAAUCAAGCCCUGUGUGGCCGCUUUUGGUGGGGAUCAGUUUGAUGACAGUCAGGAUAAGCAGAGGAGCACAUUCUUCUCCAUCUUCUACCUGUCAAUCAAUGCUGGCAGUCUGCUCUCCACUAUCAUCACUCCAAUUAUCAGAGCCCAGGACUGUGGAAUCUACACCAAACAGAAAUGCUACCCUCUGGCCUUUGGAGUUCCUGCUGCACUCAUGAUGGUUGCCCUUGUUGUGUUCAUUGUGGGCAGCAAGAUGUACAUCAAGGUAGCCCCCAAAGGAAACAUCAUGCUGGAGGUCUGCAAGUGCAUUGGGUUCGCCGUCAAGAACCGCUUCAAGCACCGAAGCAGCCAGUACCCCAAAAAAGAACACUGGAUGGACUGGGCUGAGGACAAGUAUGAGAAACUGCUGAUUGCACAAGUCAAGAUGGUGCUGAAGGUGUUGUUCCUCUACAUCCCUCUGCCUAUGUUCUGGGCGCUGUUUGACCAGCAGGGCUCCAGAUGGACUCUCCAGGCCACCACUAUGGACGGAGACUUUGGUUUGCUCGUCAUUCAGCCUGAUCAGAUGCAGAUGAUGAACCCCAUCAUGAUCCUGGUGAUGGUGCCCAUUAUGGACAGUGCGGUCUAUCCCCUCAUUGCCAAGUGUGGCCUCAACUUCACACCCUUGAAAAGGAUGACUGUUGGCAUGUUGAUGGCAGGACUGGCCUUUGCUGCAGCUGGUGUUGUUCAGCUCCAGAUAGAUAACACUCUGCCUAAAUUCCCCAGCGCCAGCCAGAGUCAAGUCAAGCUCAUCAACAUGCAGCCCACGGCGGUCACCGGCAACAUCGACGGGACUGCGUUCAACCUCGCAGCUUAUGCCGUGAAAGAUUCAAUGUCCAAGCCUCAAGAAGGAAAGAACGCCAUCAGGUUCGCAAAUGACGCUACCGAGGGGCUAAAUGUGUCUUGGAGUGGAGAGAGCCUUGGGCCCAUCGCACCCGAUUCCAUCUCCAAUUACACCCUGGUGCCUCAGGGCAACGUGGUAUUCACCAUUUCGAAUGAAGCUGGCGCCACAUGUGAAAUGAGCCAAGCCCUGAGUUUUGGCAGCUCGGUCACUUACGCCAUCCCCAGCACAUUCGCCAUCGGUAGUCCGGAGUGUGCGGCCUCUAUCACCAAGACCACGGAGAUUCAGCCCAACGUAAUCCACAUGGCCUGGCAGCUGCCACAGUACUUCCUCAUGACUGCAGGAGAGGUGGUGUUCUCGGUCACCGGUCUGGAGUUCUCCUACUCACAGGCCCCAAGCAAUAUGAAGUCCGUUCUCCAGGCUGGUUGGCUCUUGACUGUUGCCGUUGGCAACAUCAUUGUGUUGAUCAUAGCAGAGGCAGCAACUCUCUCAGAAAAGUGGGCCGAGUACAUCCUGUUCGCCUCCCUGCUGGUGGCCGUGUGCGUCAUCUUCUCCAUCAUGGCGUACUUCUACACGUACCUGGACCCGGCCGAGAUCGAGGCCCAGUUCGCCGAGAAGGACCCGGAGGACAAGGACGAGAAGAAGAGGGGAUCGCUGAGCAGCAGCAGCAGCAGCACUUGA